GUAUCCGCCCAUCGUUAGGAAAGCACUCGGGCAGAUUAACAAUUCCGGGAAAAUCCCUCUCCUUCUUCAUCUGAGCCAUGGACGGAAAGCCCCCGAAUUCAAAGCAUCCAACAACCUUCGUCGACCAAGCAGUCGUUCCCAGAGAUAUUAUUUUGGAUCUUUCAAGCAUGUCGAAUCAAACCCUCAAAUUGGGAGAAGGCUUGCGUCAGGACUGUGAUACAAUUUUUGUGAUGAAAGCUGGGAAGCUAAGGUUCUCAAAGCCUAAUAAAUACUGGGUUAAAAGCUCCCAAAAGAGGUAUGUUCCUUGUGUGGGGGAUACAGUUCUUGGUAUUGUGGUUGACUGUAAGCCGGAUAACUUUCUAGUUGACAUAAAAGGACCGAUGUUGGCCUUUCUACCUGUACUUGCAUUUGGAGGAACUAGGAGAAACAUACCUAAGUUUGAGAUAGGUACUUUGCUUUAUCUCCGGGUGGUCAAAGCAAAUAACAGCAUGAACCCUGAGCUUGCAUGCACUGAUGCCAGUGGGAAAGCUUCGGAAUUCGGUCCCCUAAAAGAUGGUUACAUGUUUGAAACAUCCACCAGCCUAGCACGAAUGUUGCUAAGCUCUCCAACAUGCCCAGUUCUCGAGGCUCUUGGGAAGAAACAGUCCUUCGAGAUAGCUGUUCGGUUAAAUGGCCGUGUUUGGGUGAAUGCGUCCUCUCCACGCACUGUCAUUCUUGUUGGGAAUGCAAUCAUGAACUCAGAGAUGCUGAGCCGCGGGAUACAACAAAGAAUUAUGGUGGAGAAACUCAUUCAAAGAAUUCAGUGACAAAUGCGAUUGCUGUGCCUAGCUCUUGCCGAAGAUCAUGGGUUUCUGCAGGACUUCUAAUAUUAUACACACCUCCACACACUCCCAGAGUACAAAGUAGAAGCAGAAUUAGGAUAUUUUGCGCAACAAGCCAAACUUCAUUUCUUUCUCAUCCAGCCCGAAGUUUUAGACCAA